AUGGCGUCGUGCGCGACGUGCGGGACGGCGUUCGCGUCGAGAAACGCGCUGUUCCGUCAUCUCAGGCGCGACGGACCGUGUCGCGCGAUCGACGAUGCCGACGAUGCGUCGACGUCGUCGAUGGGCGCGCGCGCGGGCGUCCACAAGACGUCGGUGGCGAGGGCGUUCGACGCCAGGGCGCGCGGGGAGGACGGUCCGACGCUCGCGUACGCGAGCAGCGGAAGGAGCCACAAGAAGGAAAGGGACAUGACGAAGGAAGAGGUGCGGGCGCUGAACGAAAGGCGCAGGAAGCGCGCGGCGAUACGGAAGGAACUGAGAGCGCGAGGCGGCGACUCGAGCGGGACGGCGGCGGGCGACCCGGCGGCUGAUUUAUGGCUCGGUGGACUGUCCGGGAGCGCGGGCACGAUGAAAGGGGUGCGCCAGGUCAUCUGGCACGCGAUGCCGCAUAACUCAGACUUGCCACAGCCGCAGGUGAAGUUCAUAAAGCGUAGGGGUUAUAAAGUCAAUGGAGAGUGGAAAGCGUUUGCGUUUUUACAGUGCAGAGACGCGGAUGAGGCGCGCGUGCUCCAGGCGGCUAUGAAUGAAGUGAGUGUGACGUUGAAAGAUGGAGUCACGAGCGUACUGAAGGCGAGGCCCGCGGCGUAUAAGAACAAGACGAAUGAUGCGAAAGCUGCGCCGGCGGCAGUUGCUCCUCCCGCUCGCGCGUUGCCUCCCGGAGAGCACCCGCCCGCGAGAGAGAUUUUCAUGGCGUGGACGGCAAAAGACUUGGAACAGCGCGCGCUGGCGCGCGGCAUGACACACGCAGCUCUCAUCGAUGAAGCGGUGGCGUCGAACGAGGCGGCGUCGUACGUCAACCUUCGAGGCGUCGCGGUGGACAGCGCCGCGACGCAGCGCUUGAAGGAUGAACUCCUUCGAUCGAAGUGGCCGGCGCGUUCGCAUCGCCGCGGCGUGAAAAGUGAUGGCUACAUAGUUUUGAAGCGUGAAUUGUCGCCGAAUGAUCCGUACGCCAAACUCAAGGAUGCGUGCGAGAGAUUGAUGCGAACCGUCGACGAGACGUUCCCCUACGAUAGCCUAGCGAUAACGAAAAAUUUCAUCUCCUCGGCGCACUUGGACAAGGAUGACAAAUCUCAUCAGUACUCGAUGUCUUUCGGCACUUUUACCGGUGGUGGUGAGUUAUGCGUAGAAAGCAAGGACGGAAAGACGCGCUGGAUGAUUGAUACGCGCGAGCGUUUGGCGAGAUUCGACGGCAGAUCCGUGCACUGGGUUCGCGGAUACAGUGGCGAUCGUUUCUCGGUGGUGUGGUACGUGAAUCGCGAAUCGUAUUUCACCCCUCAACGAUACGAUGUGGAUGAAACUUUUGUUGGCGUGGACUCUUCGUCGUCGCGUUGCGUCGUGCAGUAG